UGACGCAAUGCACGUUACAGUAGAGCACCUGUGCUGCACGUGAGAACACACACACACACAGGUUCAUUCCCCGCUGGGGCAGCGAUAUGAAGACUGGGGUGCAAGGCAACAAUGGGAAACUGCAUUUAAAGAGGCACAAGAUGAUGCCUUGGAUUUAGCCGGCCCACAUGAGUGAUAUGAAUAACGCACUGGACGAAAUACACACUUCUGGAAGCCUUGGAGAGAAAGCAGAGAUUUUUCAGAGUGGCAAGGGUAAUGUGAGUGGCUUCUCCAACCCAGCUCUCAUCCCUUUGCGAGCUCCUUUACUAACACCAAAUGCCCAGAAGACCAGGACUACGCUCUGCAAGGGGAACAGGAGCAAUAAAGAGGGGGAGGAGUCAUUCUCUUCACCUGUUCCAAACCCCUUUCCUGAACUUAUCCCCUCAACUCUCUCCCCCCUCGUCUCUGAAUGUUUAUUACCAUGGACCAAAAGUAGUGCAACUCAGGUAAUCAAAGUUUAUAAUGAAGAUAACACCAGCAGAGCAGUGGAGGUUCCCAGUGACAUCACUGCCCGAGACAUAUGCCAGCUGUUUGUCUUGAAGAACCACUACAUUGAUGACCACAGCUGGACUCUUUUUGAGCACCUCUCCCAUCUGGGAAUAGAGAGAACCAUUGAAGACCAUGAGUCCGUUAUGGAGGUGCUGUCAGGUUGGGGGAUGGACACGGACAGCCGGCUGUAUUUUAGGAAGAAUUAUGCUAAAUAUGAGUUCUUCAGGAAACCCCUGGACUUUUUCCCUGAUCACAUGGUCUCCAUAUCCAGUGAAACCAACGGCAUGGUGGAUCACUCUCAGCUUAUACAGACCUUUCUCAACUCCAGCACUUGUCCAGAGAUCCAUGGACACCUCCAUGCCAAAGAGCAAAGCAGGAAGUCAUGGAAGAAGUUCUAUUUUGUCUUGCGGAGGUCAGGGCUUUAUUUCUCCAAUAAAGGAACUUCCAAGGAACCAAGGCAUCUCCAGUUCAUUGCCGACUUUAGUGACAGCAAUGUCUACACAGUUUUUGCAGCCAAAAAACUACAUGGAGCACCUACAGAUUUUGGCUUCUGUGUCAAGUCCACGAAGUGUAGUUCUGCCCGGGACUUGAAGCUGCUUUGUGCCGAUGAUGAGCAGACCAGGACAUGCUGGAUCACGGCCAUGCGCUUGUUAAAGUAUGGGAUGCAACUGUACCAGAACUUCAUUCAGCCACACCAGAAACAAAAAGCUUCACCAAUGAGAAGCAUUUCAGAGAACUCACUAGUAGCCAUGGAUUUCUCUGGGCAAAAGAGCCGGGUGAUCGAAAACCCAUCUGAGGCACUGUCUGUGGCUGUAGAGGAAGGCCUGUCAUGGAGGAGGAAAAGCUGCCACCGUCUGAGCGGACAUGGGAGCCCCUCCACAUCACAAAGCUCAGUGUCAAGCAUAGCUCUUCACUUGGCUCAGCCCUGGUUCCACGGCAAACUGUCUCGGGAUGAGGCUCAGCGUCUAAUCACUCAGCACGGUCUUGUUGAUGGAGUAUUUCUUCUGAGAGACAGCCAAAGCAACCCUAACACGUUCGUACUGUCAAUGUGCCACAUGCAGAAGAUCAAACACUUUCAAAUCUUACCCGUGGAUGAUGAAGGGGAGUUAUUCUACAGUCCGGAUGACGGUCACACGCGGUUCAGUGACUUGAUCCAGUUGGUGGAGUUUUACCAGCUAAACCGUGGGGUGCUGCCCUGCAAACUCAAACACUACUGUGCCCGGAUCACCCUGUGAACAAGAGACCUUCGAUGGCCCACACGCACCUUAACUCCAGGGUGUUUCUGGACAAGCACUCCCAGUGUUCUUGUGCCUUGAAGAAAAAAAGAUACUCAGCAAAAGUGAACGGCCAUGCUAGCUGAAUCAUCCACACAUCCGCAUUUAUAAUGUGGUGGCUGUUCUGUCCUUUUUUUUUUUUUUUUUUUAGCAAAAGCU